AUGGCAGCAGUAGCAAUGAGCUACUACUGCAAGCCUUCUCCAUUUCUGGGCCAAUUCCCAUCUCACUUUGCAAAAUCACCAUCCAGACAGAUUGCCAGGACAGCAGUUCAGGAUUAUAAAAUCAGUGCAUUGUUUUGGGGAUCAAAGAAGUCUGUGGAACGAAAAGAAUUGGAUGUUUCACUAAAAGAUUCCAUUCUAAUAGGGUCAGGCUUAGAGGGGACUUCAGCAAACCAAAUGACACUGAAGAAGAUUUCACUUUCCAUCAUUUCUUCCAUCUCAGAAGUUUCUUCGGAUGGAUGGGAUGCCUGCAGUUUGGAUGCUACUGGACCUGACAAGUUUAAUCCAUUUCUUACCCACGAUUUUCUUUCGAGCUUAGAAGAGUCAGGCUCUGCAGUUAAGGAGACUGGAUGGAUGCCUAGUCACAUUGUUGCUAUGGAUGAUUCUGAAAAUGUUUUGGGUGUUGUUCCACUCUAUCUUAAAAGCCAUUCCUAUGGAGAAUUUGUUUUUGACCAUUCUUGGGCUGAUGCCUACUAUGGUUUUGGAUCAAGGUAUUAUCCAAAGUUUCAGUGUUGUGUGCCUUUCACUCCAGUAACUGGGCCAAGGAUUCUGGUUCGCAAUACCCCCUUCAGAGAUCAAAUUUUUGAUGUUCUGGUCUCUGCCCUGAAGGAUCUGACAGCCAAGUCCCAGGUCUCAUCACUGCACAUCACCUUCCCCACUGAAAAAGAGUGGCACAAACUGAAGGAACAAGGAUUUCUGCAGAGGAUUGGAAUGCAGUAUCACUGGAAAAAUCGUAACUAUAAAAAUUUUGAUGAAUUCUUGAUGGAUAUGAAGCAAAGUAAAAGAAAAAAUAUUCGUCAAGAGCGAAAAAAGAUUUCUGCUCAAAACCUAAAUAUGAAACGUCUCCGGGGUUAUGAAAUAAAGGCUAGGCAUUGGGAUACCUUCUAUAGCUUCUACAGAAACACCACUGAUAACAAGUGGGGUACUCCUUAUCUCACAAGGGAGUUUUUUCACAUCAUGGGUUCAAAGAUGGGAGAUCAGUUGCUCCUUGUUGUUGCUGAAGAAGGAGAUGAACUUGUUGCAGGAGCUCUUAACCUUAUUGGUGGAGAUACUCUAUUUGGACGUCUAUGGGGAUGUCAUCCAAAAGCCUACUAUCCAAGCUUGCAUUUUGAAGCAUGCUAUUACCAGACUAUAGAGCAUUAUAUGCUGCAGUCAUUAGCUUUGUGUGAUCGUUUAUCCAUGCUUGGUUAUCUCAUGCAGGCAAUGGAGGCAGCCAUCGAACUUAAUCUAAACACAGUAGAAGCAGGAGCUCAGGGUGAGCAUAAAAUUCAGCGUGGUUACCUGCCUGUGACAACUUAUAGCUGCCAUUACCUUAUUGAUGAAGCUUUCAGGAAAGCUAUAGAGGAAUUUCUAGUGCGAGAAUCAACUCAGGUGAAGCUUGUUAUGAAACUAAUUCACGAUUCCGGUCCCUUCAAGGAGGACAUACAAUAG